CUCGCGCCCGCAGCCCGCAGCCCCGGCCCGCGGAGACAUGAGCGCCCGGCGGCCCGGCGCACCCCUGGCGCAGCGGCGCGGCCCCGCGGCCCCGUGAUGGGCUCCUGCGUGUCACGAGAUCUGUUCACAAGUGCCCACAAGGACGUCCCCAUGCCCCGGGGCAUGGACGCCCUGAACCCAGACCUGCCCUCCGGCCACCCACCGUCCAUUGCUCCAGACCAUGUCACUGGCAAGGACAAACAGAUGGAUUUCUGUUGGGAUCCUUGGCAGAGGUGCUUCCAGACCACCAACGGCUACCUGUCCAACUCCAGAUCCUGCUCCAGCAACUACAACGUGGCAGCCCUGGCCACCUCGUCCCUCGUGGGCGUGGUGCAGAGCAUCAAGGACCACAUCACGAAGCCCACGGCCAUGGCCCGAGGCCGCGUGGCCCACCUCAUCGAGUGGAAGGGCUGGAGUGCCCAGCGGUCGGGCUGGGAGCUGUCCCCGGCCGAGGACGAGCAUUACUGCUGCCUCCCGGACGAGCUGCGCGAGGCCCGCUUUGCGGCAGGGGUUGCUGAGCAGUUUGCCAUCACGGAGGCCACGCUGAGCGCCUGGUCCUCGCUGGACGACGAGGAGCUGCAGCUCGGGAGCAGCCCCCGGGACGCCGUCCAGCUCCAGGACCUGGAGAGCAUCCACCUGCAGGACAGCCUCCCCAGCGGCCCCUCACAGGACGACAGCCUUCUGGCCCUCUCCUCCCCCGAUGCCUGGCCCUCUCCCGAGGAGCCCCCCAUCACGGCCGCCGGCCCGCAGCCCCCCAGCCCAGCACAGCAGCACCGGCAGCGGCUGCCAGGGGCCCUGGGGCCCGAGGGGGGGGCCCGCCCGCCGGGCUCCCUGCCGUCGCUGGACAGCGGCUCCCUGUGGGAGGAGGACGAGGUGUUCUACAACUGAGGCGGGCUGCGUGGGUCCCCACGACCUGGGCCUCUCUCGACCCGUCGGGGCAGACUGAGGGUGGGCGGGGAGCCGGCACUCCUGUGGACCACUCUGUGCCUCGGUGGACCUGCCUCCAGCAGUGGGGGCCAAAGCCCCCCUCCCUUGGUCACUUGGCUCAGGUGGGCGCCUUCCCCAGCGGGGUGUCUGCCUGCAGGGAGCUCGAGGACUCUCCGCAGACACCAGGGCAGCCGGCCACAGGGGAGCGGACACUUGGAGUGGGGCCUUGACCCUCCCCCACCCCCUGUAUAUCUGCCCCCGUCAAAGGGGGGGUAGCCACUUCACGUCUGGUAGCUAAGCCGCACUCCUCGGCUCCUCACGACGACGUCUGUCUCUCCCAGUGUCUGUCCCCCAUUCCCCGAGCCUGCUCCCUUGGUGCCCAGGCACCCCAUUCAGGGAGCCCACUCACCUCCUCGUCCCCCUCCCAGUUCCCCAAGGUUCUCUGAAGACAUUAAAGUCGUGGAUUCACCAGGA